GAUAGAGGGACAUGGAGGAGGCAGCAGCCGCUUAGCGCAGCUCAGCAGCGGAGCAGGAGGAGGACGGGACACCGCGCUGCACCUGCCGGGGGACUGAGAGCCGCAGACCCGCAGCAGACAGACAGACAGCAGGGAGGAGAGGAGAGGAAAAGAGGAACCAGCUGCUGCUUCGAAAACUUUUCCUCAACUUGCUGACGGAAUUUCGGCUCCAACGUUGUGCGUAAAAGAACCAUGCGUGCCAAACACCAGGCAAGUUUCUUUACGUGCGUAAAGGUGUUUUGAAGAGUUGGAACUGCUUGGACAAAGUUUGUAAAGAGUGAGGCGAGUCUUUUCUGCUCCCCGCAGACUGAGACUGAACUGAUCCCGGUCCGGUCCGGUCCGGUUCAGCAGAAUAAUGCCUCGCCCGGGGAGGAACACUUACAGCGACCAGAAGCCUCCGUACUCUUACAUCUCCCUCACAGCCAUGGCCAUCCAGAGCUGCCCGGAGAAGAUGCUCCCGCUCAGUGAGAUUUACAAGUUCAUCAUGGACCGGUUCCCGUAUUACCGGGAGAACACGCAGCGGUGGCAGAACUCCCUGCGCCACAAUCUCUCCUUCAAUGACUGCUUCAUCAAGAUCCCCCGCAGACCGGACCAGCCCGGGAAAGGCAGUUUCUGGGCCCUGCACCCGAGUUGCGGCGAUAUGUUCGAGAACGGGAGUUUUCUGCGGCGCAGGAAGCGCUUCAAAGUGGGCAGCAUGCAGGCCACGGACCCGCUGGCGCCCAGCAAGCCUCAGGACGCCGCGCACUACCUGCAGCAGCAGGCCAAGCUGCGGCUCAGCGCGCUGCACGCCGCCGCGCACCUCCCGCAGAUGCCGGGCGGAUACAACCUGAGCUCCGUGUCCCAGCCGUCCAGCUUCAAACACCCGUUCGCCAUCGAGAACAUCAUCGCCAGAGAGUACAAGAUGCCGGGCGGGCUGGCGGCCUUCUCCACCACCGGGUACCCGCUGCACAACCAGCUGACCCCGGCCUGGCCGCACAUGUACGGCUCCGGGAUGAUGGACACCGCGGCUCCCAUAUCCAUGGCCACCAGCGACUACUCGCCCUACGGCAUGCCGCUCAAGUCCAUCUGCCACGGCGGACAGACUCUACCCGCCAUCCCGGUGCCCAUCAAACCCACCCCCGCCUCGCUGCCGGGCCUACCGGGGCUGCACACACACAUCCCGGCUUUCCUCGCGAACUCGCCCCAGUCUCUGAGCCCCACCUCCCCGCAGACAGCCACCGGCCAAACCAGCCCGGCCGCGCCCGGAGAGGCGCUGCCCUCCUCGGCCUCCUCCACGCUGCAGUCCGCGGUGGCCGUGCACUAACCGGAAUCUGACUUUGUGCUCUUUUUUUUUUUUUUUUAAUAAAAACUCAAUUUAAAAAAGGGGGAAAUGACUUCUCAACUCCAAAGCUGUGUUUUAUCUUCUGGACGCAAAUGUGAGGAUGUGCUCAUAUAUUUUUUUAUUUUUGUCGUUUUUUUUUUAUUUCUCCAGCCUGAACAUGUUUUUCCCAUCAUGUUAAGAAACAGCAGGUUGACCUCUGACCUUCAGUCACACAACAAAAGUAAUUUUAUCUUCAGGAAAUUAUUAAUUUGUUUUUCCUGUAAAAAAUAAUUUUAUUCACAAAUUUAUGUCAGAAAGUAAAAUCAUUUUGUUCUUUUAUAUGUUUUUUUCUUCACAUUCCUUCAGACUGUUGAACAGCUCAGAUCAUGUGGUGAUAAAUUAUCCGGAUCUUUUGUGUUUGCAGCCUUUUCUUCUCAAACUGAAAGAAAACUCUGCAGAUUAAUGACUUUUUAAGAUUUGUUUCUUUGCCUUGUUCGGCCUCGCUGUUGUUUCUUUUCUGCUCCUGAAAACAAAAGUUCAACCCAAAAGGAAGUUUCAUUUUCUCACAUUUUUCUUCCAAAAAAAAAAAAAAAAAAAAAAAAAAUUUAAAAAACACAACAAAAGUCAAAAGGAAAAAAUGCAAACUCGCAUUUGGUAAACCAAAUAAUUACACAGUCUUUUGUCCUUUUUUUAAAAAUUUUUUUUGUUUUUGUCGAUAUGAACAAUCGCAGAGAAGAUGAAAUAAGACUUGAAAUCAUAUAUUUAUGUCAGAGGUUCUGCACAGUUCAAAAAGAAAACUACUGGAGAUAUUUGACCAUGAAUGCAAGGAUCUACUGUCUCUGAUGCACUUUUUUAAAAAAAAACUGAAAUCUAGAUGUUUUUUAUUCUGUAGCUGACAGCCUGUUGGUUUAAUUUAAAGGUUGUUUUUUUUUGUUUGUUUGUUUUUUUUUAAA